AGGGUCUGCGAGUGAUGAGGGGGAGUCGGACUCGGUGACCGUGGCGUUUGACGAUGGAGAUCGGGGAAGAAUCACACUCAACAACAUCCGCCUGCUGCCUCCCGACUUCACCAUUCAGUGCACAGAACCCUCCCCAGCUCUACUGCUGUCAGCUGAAAGCCGUUUAGAACUAAGCGGUUUGCCAGUAAUACAACUACUACAUCGGAGUCCUCACAGACCCCAGGCCUGGACAACCGAGAGGCAGCAGACACAUCGAGAAACACUGGCAAGAAAACUUGAGUAAGGAGAAAUCAGAUAAAGUGGAUGUGUUCAACUCAGGUGCAAAGGACUCCACUGCCUGCCACCAACUUCCUGGGUCGCUCGAGCAGUAUGGAGUUGAGCUGGCCUUCUCAAGGCAAGCGUCGAGCUGGAAACAAGACAAGCGGUGGUCUUCACGAUCCCUUCCAAUCCCAAGGGAGCAUCAAAAAAACAAAAAUCUCGGGAGCAGCCACAUGUAUUCGGUAAUGGUUUUGGGGCAGACUCCUUCAGCAGCCUGGCCAACUCCUACAGCCCCUUUGGAGGCAGUGCCAACAGUGGCAUUGCAGCAGGACAAAAGCCAAUACGGACAAAGAAAGGGGAGAGGCCGGAGGAGGAGGACAAGGGCAAGGGCGGGAAACGCAAGUCGGGGGUAACGAGUUUCUAGUCAAGCUUGACCACGAGGGAGUUAUGUCUCCGAAAACAAAGAACGGUAAAGCCCUCCUGCUGUGCGACAAAGACUUUGGGCUGCGGAUUGGACAGAGCUAUGGUGCUUCAUCGGGAUUGGCCAAGGACAAGAAACGGAAGCCACCUCUGCACGAGCACCUGUCCAUGGGCCUUGCACUUGGGAAGUACACUGGGCAAGCCGAAAUAUGGCGUGAACUGUGACAGUGACUGCUCAUUCUCUGAUCAGGAUGAGGAGGAUAGUGCGGGGGGACUGCGAGCAAGGGUUCAGUCUAGAUUUCUGGCAGGACUAUCGGUUUCUUCUUCCUCCUCUGGGUCUUCUUCAUCUUCUAGCUCUGGCUCCUUAUCCAGCUCCAGCAUAUGCUCUACGGACAAUGAGGACUUUUCGGAGAGUUCAGACGAAGCGGACUCUGCCAUGCUUUUGCAGCCCUGCCUCACGCAUCCUGUGCCUGCUUUGUUAGCGCAGCACGCCGAGGAUGGCGGACAAGGGUCCCGGGGUUGCUUUGUCUCAGGACAAAAAGCCAAACAGAGGAGGAAAGGGACCCCUUCAAAUUUUCCUAAAACCAAAGAGCCCCUACCUAGACAGCAACGCCUGCCCUCUGUGGAAAACCGGCCAAAGAUUUCCACCUUCCUACCCGCACGCCAGCUCUGGAGGUGGUCCGGAGAGCCUACUCAGAGGGGGGGGGAUGAAAGGAAAAGCAAGAAAACUCUUCUACAAGUCAAUUGUGCGGGGGAAGGAGACCUUGCAUGUGGGCGAAUGUGCAGUUUUCCUGUCGGCCGGACGCCCAAACCUGCCCUACAUUGGACGCAUCGAGAGCAUGUGGGAAUCCUGGGGCGGCAAUAUGGUGGUGAAAGUCAAGUGGUUUUACCAUCCUGAAGAAACGAAACUGGGCAAAAGGCACAGCGAUGGCAAAAACGCAUUGUACCAGUCGUCGCACGAGGAUGAAAAUGACGUACAGACAAUCUCACACAAGUGCCAGGUGGUGAGCCGCCAGCAGUAUGAAAAGAUGAGCCACAGCAAGCGCUACCAGGACCGGCAAAACCUCUAUUACCUGGCAGGGACCUAUGACCCGGGAACUGGGAGGCUGGUGACCGCAGAGGGUGUGCCGGUGCUGUGCUGA